AUGGAGAUGAAGAUGUCCGCCUCAGGCUCCGGAUGCAAGAAACGGCCGCCGAGCCUUCUCCAGAAGCAUGCGCCGGCGUCGCUGCAGCUGGAGAAGGCCGCCGCCGGUGCGGGGACGGGGGCUGGGGCGGGCCCCGCGGUGUGGGGCGACGGGAGGGCGCCGAUCCCGCUCCUGUCGCCGCUCGUCGUGUCGCCCACGGUGCCGGUCUGGGAGGCGGACCAGGCGGGGGCCGCCGCCACGAAGGAGGGAGGAGGGGACCAGCUGGCCGAGGGUAGGAGCGGUGCCGAGCAGCAGCAGCAGCAGCGCGGCGCCGCCCGGCACGGCGGCAGCGGGGAGCGCCAGGCGCACGACGUCUCCCCCAGGCCGCCGGCGCCCGCUGUCGGCGCGGGGUGGCGGCACCCGGCGCUGUCGGCGCCAGUGGCGGAGCCGGCGUCCCUUGUGCCCUUCUUCCAGUCGCAGUGCGCGUUGGAGGUGCGCAACGCGCAGCAAUGA